CCGCCCGCGCCGCCGUCCGGGCAGCGCGCAGAGCUCGGCGGGCGCGGAGCGAGGCAGCGGCGCCCGGCGGGCCGCGCACGGUACCCGGGCGGCCGCGGACCCCGGCGGGCUCGCGGGCGGCGCGCCCCGGGCUCUGCCUCCCGGGCAAUUGCCUGGUUCCUGCGCGCUCCUGGCAUCCGCUCUGCAGCUGACACACGGUAGCGGGGACGCCCGACGCCUCUAGCGACAGGCGCGUCCCAGGGGGACGCUGCACUUGGGGACUCCGGCGCGACCGGCCAGAAGAGGAAAGGAAACAUUCAAACUGGAUUUUUAAAUCAUUGUAAGUCAGCGAUGGAUCAGAAGGUGCAGAAUGCCAUCCCGAAUAAAAGUCUUUGAAAGAAUUGCUUCAAAUAACAGGGGAAAGAAAAUUGAUCUACCACCUUAAAACCCUUAUCUAGAAAAACAUAUUGCUCAUGAUAGGAAGUUGUAACUGGGGAAAUUUAUUUGGCUGUUAAGGUACCUGAAUGAAAGAAAUUGUCACUCUUUCUCAGAAGACUUGUAUAUCUGAGAUUAUUUUAAUAAUCAGUCGUUUUAUGAAAAUCUUGACAUGAUCACCAGGAAAGAGAAACAGAGCAGUAGCUAAAACCUGUGUGUUGGUCAAGAUGACUUCUGAAGAAAUGGCAGCUUCUGUUCUCAUACCUGUGACUCAGAGAAAAGUGAUAUCUGUUCAAGGGGCUGUUGAUGAAAGUAGUGAAAAGGUCUCAGACAUCAGUGUUCCAAAAGUGCAUACUAUCAGACAGAGUGGGCCAACUUCUCAUGCCAUCUCACAACUGAACACACUUAAAGAAGAAUCUUCUGGAAGCAACUUGCCCAAGAUUUUCUCCAUAGCAAGGGAGAAAAUAAUGAGUGACGAGAACAGUAAUGAAAAGUGCUGGGAGAAAACCAUGCCAGAUUCUGUGAAAAACCUUAACAUUAACUGUAACAACAUAUUGAAAAACCUUCCUCAGAGCCAGUUUUAUGAAACAUGUGAUUCUGUCACAGAGGAAGGCCUGUGUAUGGAAACUGGAAUCCCUUCUUCACUGGAAAGAAAGGUGUUCCCUGGAAUUCAACUGGAAAUAGACGGACCUCCCAAGGACGUUAGUCCCUUAGGAAAUCAAUCAGCGAUCAUGGAUACCAGCAGGGCACGCUCUGACAGCAACAUGGCGGUAUUUCACUUUCACUAUGAAGUUGACAGAGGAAUGUCAGACACUUUCUGUACCCUGUCAGAUAACUUGAUUUUGGAUGAUUGUGGAAACUGUGUACCACUGCCUGGUGUUGGUGGAGAGCAAAAGAAAAAUUACAUGGCGUAUACUUGUAAACUGAUGGAAUUGGCAAAAAACUGUGAUAAUAAGAAUGGACAGCUGCAGUGUGAUCAUUGUGACACCUUGAAUGACAAAUACUUGUGCUUUGAAGGUUCUUGCCAGAAGGCCAAUGUGGUAUUUUCAAGCGACAGCUUUUGCAAGGAGGAUUUUACUGACAGUCCUCCUGCGAAGACCUUUCUGAGCCAUUUGGAAGACUUCCCUGAUAAUUGUGAAGAUGUAGAAGAAGAUUUUUUCAAAAGCAAAAAGGAGCGAUCCACUUUGUUAGUGAGGAGAUUUUGUAAAAAUGACAGGGAAGUUAAGAAAUCUGUGUACACUGGGACAAGGGCAAUUGUGAGAACUCUGCCUUCUGGUCACAUUGGGCUGGGAGCUUGGAGUUACAUUGAUCAGAAGAGAAAUGGUCUCUUGUUGCCCUGUGGGAGAGUAACGGAACGGCUGUCAACAGUGGUGACUGGGCAAGAUGGGAGCCGGUGUCUGUCAGAAGCCCAGUGGUAUCCGAUCUACACUGCAGUGAGAAGGGGAGAAGGAACAGAAGAUACAAUUGGAUCUCUUCUCCAUGUCUUCACAGAGCUCCCAGCCUCUGAGAGAGCCCAUGAAAGGAUUAGCAUUGGUCCGUGCUUAAAGCAAUGUGUCCGAGACACCGUGUGUGAGUAUCGUGCCACCCUCCAAAGGACUUCCAUAUCGCAGUACAUCACCGGUUCUCUCCUAGAAGCAACCACAUCUUUAGGAGCACGAAGUGGCCUUCUCAAUACUUUUGGAGGAUCCACUGGACGAAUGAUGAUGAAAGAACGCCAACCGGGCACCUCUAUGGCCAAUUCCAGUGCCCUCCCUUCAAGUUCCGCUGGGAUCAGCAAGGAACUGAUUGAUCUGCAGCCCCUCAUCCAGUUCCCAGAAGAGGUCGCCAGCAUCCUGAUGGAGCAGGAGCAGAAUAUUUACCGAAGGGUCUUGCCAGUUGACUAUCUUUGCUUCUUGACCCGGGACUUGGGCACUCCGGAAUGCCAGAGGUCUCUGCCCUGCCUCAAAGCGUCCAUCUCAGCAUCAAUUCUUACCUCCCAGAACGGAGAACACAAUGCCCUUGAAGAUCUCCUGAUGAGAUUUAAUGAGGUGAGCUCCUGGGUAACGUGGCUGAUCCUCACCGCGGGCUCCAUGGAGGAGAAGCGGGAAGUCUUCUCAUAUUUGGUGCAUGUGGCCAAAUGCUGCUGGAACAUGGGCAACUACAAUGCUGUCAUGGAGUUCUUGGCUGGCCUCAGGUCAAGAAAAGUUUUAAAAAUGUGGCAGUUCAUGGACCAGUCUGACCUGGAGACCAUGAGGAGCCUGAAGGAUGCCAUGGCUCAGCACGAAUCUUCCUGUGAGUACAGGAAGGUGGUGACGCGGGCACUGCACAUCCCCGGCUGUAAGGUGGUUCCGUUCUGUGGGGUGUUUCUGAAGGAGCUGUGUGAAGCGCUCGACGGAGCCUCCGGCCUCAUGAAGCUUUGCCCGAGGUACAAUUCCCAGGAAGAAACUCUAGAGUUUGUAGCUGAUUAUAGUGGACAAGAUAAUUUCUUACAACGUGUGGGACAAAAUGGCUUAAAGAAUUCAGAGAAGGAGUCCACAGUCAACAGCAUCUUUCAGAUCAUCAGAAGCUGUAGUCGAAGUCUCGAGACCGAGGAGGAGGACAGCCCCAGUGAAGGGAACAGCUCUAGGAAAAAUUCCUUGAAGGAUAAAGCCAGAUGGCAGUUUAUAAUUGGAGAUUUGCUAGAUUCUGAAAAUGACAUCUUUGAGCAGCCCAAAGAAUGGGACCCUCAUGGAUCAGAAGAGCCACAGAAGGCGUUUGACCAUGGGACAGAGCUCAUCCCGUGGUACGUGCUGUCUAUCCAAGCUGAUGUGCACCAGUUCCUGUUGCAGGGGGCCACGGUCAUCCACUACGACCAGGACAUGCACCUCUCUGCCCGCUGCUUCCUCCGGCUUCAGCCUGACAAUAGCACCUUGACCUGGAUGAAGCCCACCACUGCCUCCCCAGCCAGUGCUAAAGCGAAACUUGGUGUACUUAGUAACACGUCUGAGCCUGGUAAAUUCCCGUUACUGGGCAGUGCUGGAUUAAGCAGCCUGGUGGAGGGGGUCUUGGAUCUGUUUUCAGCAAAGGCUGUGUACAUGGGACACCCUAGCAUUGAUAUACACACUGUGUGUGUUCAGAACAAACUGGGUAGCAUGCUUCUCUCAGAGACUGGUGUAACGCUGCUCUAUGGGCUUCAGACCACGGACAAUAGGUUAUUGCACUUUGUGGCACCAAAGCACACAGCUAAAAUGCUCUUCAGCGGAUUGUUGGAACUCACGAAAGCUGUAAGAAAGAUGAGGAAGUUCCCUGACCAAAGACAGCAGUGGCUGCGGAAACAAUACGUCAGCCUCUAUCAGGAAGAUGGACGGUAUGAAGGCCCAACUUUGGCUCAUGCUGUGGAGUUGUUUGGUGGCAGACGAUGGAGUACUCGAAACCCCAGCCCUGGGACAUCAGCAAAGAGUGCCGAGAAGCCCAACGUGCAGAGAAACAACACCUUGGGCAUAAGUACCACCAAGAAAAAGAAGAAAAUCCUGAUGAGGGGUGAGAGUGGAGAGGCAACCGACGAUGAGAUGGCCACCCGCAAGGUCAAAGUGCACAAAGAGUGUCGGAGCCGGAGCGGUUCUGACCCUCAAGAUGCUAACGAACCAGAGGAAUCAGAGGCGAAUGCCAUCACGAGCCCUCCGAACCCUCUCCCUUCCAGAAGAGCCCACUCUUUGACCACGGCUGGGUCCCCUAACUUGGCUUCCGGGACGUCAUCUCCCAUCAGGCCAGUGUCCUCCCCUGUGCUGUCUUCUUCAAACAAGAGCCCGUCCAGUGCUUGGAGCAGCAGCAGCUGGCACGGGCGGAUCAAAGGAGGAAUGAAGGGCUUUCAGAGCUUCAUGGUUUCAGACAGUAACAUGAGUUUCAUUGAAUUUGUUGAGCUGUUCAAAUCAUUCAGUGUACGGAGCCGCAAGGACCUGAAGGAUCUCUUUGACAUCUAUGCUGUGCCAUGCAACCGAGCCGGCUCCGAGUCGGCCCCGCUCUACACCAACCUCACAAUCGAUGAAAACACCAGCGGUCUUCAGCCUGACCUAGAUUUGUUGACCAGAAAUGUCUCGGAUUUGGGGUUGUUCAUUAAGAGUAAACAGCAGCUGUCAGACAACCAGAGGCAGAUAUCCGAUGCCAUUGCUGCUGCAAGUAUCGUGACAAACGGCACUGGGAUCGAGAGCACGUCCCUGGGCAUAUUUGGGGUAGGCAUACUCCAGCUCAAUGACUUCCUAGUGAAUUGCCAAGGAGAACAUUGCACUUACGAUGAAAUCCUCAGCAUCAUCCAGAAGUUCGAGCCCAGCGUUAGUAUGUGUCAUCAGGGCCUAAUGUCGUUUGAAGGAUUUGCAAGGUUUCUGAUGGAUAAAGAUAAUUUUGCCUCAAAAAAUGACGAGUCACAGGAGAACAGUAGAGAAUUGCAGCUGCCCCUCUCCUACUACUACAUUGAAUCUUCACACAAUACCUACCUCACAGGCCAUCAGCUCAAAGGAGAAUCCUCAGUAGAACUCUACAGCCAGGUCCUCCUGCAAGGCUGUAGGAGCAUAGAGUUGGACUGCUGGGAUGGAGAUGAUGGGAUGCCCAUCAUUUAUCAUGGACAUACCCUGACAACCAAGAUCCCCUUCAAGGAAGUGGUUGAAGCCAUUGAUCGAAGUGCCUUCAUCACCUCUGACCUGCCAAUCAUCAUAUCAAUUGAGAACCACUGUUCAUUGCCUCAGCAACGAAAAAUGGCAGAAAUUUUCAAGACUGUUUUUGGAGAAAAACUGGUGGCUAAAUUCUUAUUUGAGAGUGAUUUCUCAGAUGAUCCAAUGCUUCCCUCACCUGACCAACUUAGAAGAAAAGUGCUUCUUAAAAAUAAGAAGCUGAAAGCCCAUCAGACCCCAGUGGAUAUCUUAAAGCAAAAGGCUCAUCAGUUAGCAUCCAUGCAAGCUCAGGCAUAUAAUGGCGGGAAUGCCAACCCUCCACCUGCUAAUAACGAGGAAGAGGAAGAUGAAGAGGACGAAUAUGAUUAUGACUAUGAAUCCCUCUCUGAUGCAGAUGUCCUUACUGCUUCUCCUGCUCCUAACAGUCAGGAAGACAACAUUCUAGAAGACAGACCUGAAAAUAAAUCAUGUAAUGACAAGCUUCAGUUUGAGUAUAAUGAAGAAAUCCCCAAGAGGAUAAAGAAAGCAGAUAACUCUGCUUGCAACAAAGGAAAGGUUUAUGACAUGGAACUGGGAGAAGAAUUUUAUCUUCCUCAGAAUAAAAAGGAAAGCAGACAGAUUGCACCAGAGCUUUCUGACCUGGUCAUCUAUUGCCAAGCAGUAAAAUUUCCAGGCCUGUCAACUCUAAAUGCAUCUGGCUCUAGCAGAGGAAAAGAAAGGAAAAGCAGGAAGUCCAUUUUUGGCAACAAUCCGGGCAGAAUGAGCCCUGGAGAGACAGCAUCGUUUAACAAAACAUCUGGAAAAAGUUCCUAUGAAGGAAUGCGACAGGCCUGGGAGGAAUCAUCUUCCCCCCUCAACCCAACCACGUCCCUCAGCGCUAUCAUUAGAACUCCCAAAUGUUACCAUAUCUCGUCGCUGAAUGAAAAUGCCGCCAAGCGUCUGUGUCGCAGGUAUUCCCAGAAACUGAUCCAGCACACCGCCUGUCAGCUGCUGAGGACUUACCCGGCCGCCACCCGCAUCGACUCGUCCAACCCCAAUCCUCUCAUGUUCUGGCUCCAUGGGAUACAGCUUGUGGCCCUCAACUACCAGACAGAUGAUCUCCCUUUGCAUUUAAAUGCUGCCAUGUUUGAGGCCAACGGUGGCUGUGGUUAUGUUUUGAAACCCCCAGUUCUGUGGGACAAGAACUGUCCCAUGUAUCAGAAGUUUUCUCCCUUGGAAAGAGACCUGGACAACAUGGAGCCUGCUGUCUAUUCUUUAUCUAUUGUCUCUGGUCAAAACGUGUGCCCGAGUAACAGCACGGGAAGCCCGUGUAUUGAAGUUGACGUCCUGGGCAUGCCCCUGGACAGCUGCCACUUCCGCACGAAGCCCAUCCAUCGAAAUACCCUGAACCCCAUGUGGAACGAACAGUUUCUCUUCCGGGUUCACUUUGAAGAUCUCGUAUUUCUCCGUUUUGCAGUUGUGGAAAACAAUAGCUCGGCGGUAACUGCUCAGAGGGUCAUUCCACUCAAGGCUUUAAAACGAGGAUAUCGACAUCUUCAGCUACGAAACCUCCACAAUGAAAUCUUGGAGAUCUCCAGUUUAUUCAUAAACAGCAGAAGGAUGGAAGAAAAUUCCUCCAGCAAUACUGUGCCGUCCUCUUUGAUGUUUAAUACAGAAGAAAGAAAAUGUUUGCAGACUCACAGAGUCACGGUGCAUGGGGUCCCUGGUCCAGAGCCCUUUACUGUUUUCUCUAUAAAUGGAGGCACAAAGGCAAAGCAGCUUCUCCAGCAAAUUCUGGCCACUGAACAAGACACCAAACCUAUUGCCACAGACUAUUUUUUGAUGGAAGAAAAAUAUUUCAUAUCUAAAGAAAAGAAUGAAUGCAGGAAACAACCCUUCCAGAGAGCCAUUGGUCCAGAAGAAGAGAUCAUGCAGAUUUUAAGCAGCUGGUUUCCAGAAGAAGGAUAUGUUGGCAGGAUUGUCUUGAAAACCCAGCAGGAAAACCUAGAAGAGAAAAACAUUGUUCCAGAGGACAAGGAGGUGAUCCUGAGCUCGGAGGAGGAGAGCUUCUUUGUCCAAGUGCACGACGUUUCUCCGGAGCAACCUCGAACAGUCAUCAAAGCGCCUCGAGUCAGCACGGCGCAGGACGUCAUUCAGCAGACCUUAUGCAAAGCCAAAUAUUCCUAUAGCAUCCUGAGCAACCCCAACCCAAGUGACUAUGUGCUUUUGGAAGAGGUAGUGAAAGACACGACCAACAAGAAGUCUUCUACCCCGAAGUCCUCCCAGCGGGUCCUUUUGGAUCAGGAGUGUGUGUUUCAAGCACAAAGCAAGUGGAAAGGUGCAGGAAAAUUCAUCCUUAAGCUAAAGGAGCAGGUACAGGCAUCCCGAGAAGACAAAAGAAAAGGCAUAUCUUUUGCCAGUGAAUUCAAGAAGCUCACCAAGUCAACUAAACAGCCCCGAGGACUCACAUCGCCUUCUCAGGUCUUGGCCUCAGAAAGUGUCCAAAACAAGGAGGAGAAGCCUGUGGGCAGCUUGUCCUCCAGUGACACGACAGACUAUCGACAGUGACCAAGGGUGGCGUGUUUUACCCAGGUGAUAUCUUUGGCAAGAAGUUAAAGUCAAGAGCGAACAUGGUGGAAACAAAUGUAAUUUCUUUAUUUUCAUUAGACUUAAACUGGAAAUUGAUGAUUUCUGAACUGAAGGCUUCUUCACACAUGAUGUGAGGUCUACACUGAGGAAAAGCAAAAUGGCACAGGGCUAGCUGCCAACCAAUUUCCUGAUGAAUGAAGCAAAGAAACCCAGGAGAUUGCCAUUUUACAAAUGUCAACAGUUGGAAAAAACAAUUGCUAAGCUAGCAAUAAUUGACUUAGACCAAGGGUCAGCAAACUUUGUCUGUAAAGGGCCAGAUAGUAAAUAUUUUAGGCUUACUGGCCAUAUGGUCUCUGUUGCAACUAUUCAACUCAGCUGUUGUAGCGCAAAAGCAGCCACAGACAAUAUAUACACGAAUGAGCAUGGCUCUGUUCCAAUAAAACUUUACAGGCACUGAAAUUAGAAUUUCAUAUAAUCUUGACGUCACAAAUCCUCUUCUGUUUUUUUUUUCCAAUCAUUUAAAAACAUUUGAAAACUAUUUUUAGUUCAAGAGCCAUAGUAAAACAGGUGGCAGGCUGGAUUUGGCCAAAGGGCCAUAGUUUGCUGACCUGACUUAGAAAAUUGGGAACAAGAGGCACAGGGGUCUGAAAACAAGCAAGCUAGUUUAGCUGCACAUUUUAUGGCUGAGAAUUGGAAGCUUUUGGGCAUUGCAAAUGUAAAUAUGUCCUGUAAGAUUCAUUAAAAGUAAUUCAAUGUAGUUUCUGUAUUGUGUACCAUAGUGAACUCUUCUUUAGGAAUUCUUUUUACAUACAGAAUAAUACUGGGUUGUGUUUUUUUUAAGUUUAUUGCUUAUAUAUUCACAGAGUAUUCCACUUUUGUUUUUCACAAAAUGGGUUUAGAAUGAUGUAUAAUGUAAUAUCUACUGAGUUGUGACAUCUUAACAAGAAACUUAACCUGUUUUUUAAAGCAAAAGUAGACUGAGUUGGUGUUUAUUUAUUUUUCAAAGUUUGUACUGACACUGUACUUAUAUAUUUAUUAUACAUAGCUUUCUUGGUAUUGCUUAUGGAUUAGAAAUAUUAGUGGUUCUGUCUCACUAUUUGAAGACAAAUCUCCUAAAAAAGAAAAUGUAUGCUCUGAAUACCUGAAAUGGGCCAGAAUUUCAUGUGAAAAAAGCUUCAUUUGCAUUUCUGAUUAAUUGAAGAGCUAUUGAUUCAAGUCAUACUUGCCAUUUAAUGUAAAUUAUUUUUAAAAUCUUGCUGUAUAAAACUAUCAUGUAAGUGUAAAGGAUUCUUAUUCUUUGUAUGAAGCAAAUUAAGACUUAAAAUGAAAUGUGUUCCUCUGAAGUAAAAUCUAAAUUUUAUCUUUCUAUUAAAAUUCAAGACAUUUUUCUUCAAAUUAUAAAACACAGUAAAAAUCUUAACCUUU